GGGUCAUUGAUGCAGUUAUUGGUGUCUUCUACAUCGAAUAUAGUGAAAAUUCCAAAGAAAAUCCAUAAGAUCAGUGUUGAUCAGGCCAAUUUAAGAAAAUGGCCUAAUAUUCCUUACUACGAUCUGAAUGUUGCUGUUGUACGGAUUAUGACACUGUCUGAGGAUUACGCCUAUUGCACAUGGUCUAUCCCCUGCGAAAGCGAUUUCACCGUGCGCGCACAAGUCAAAAUUUGCACUUCCGGCUUGGUGCCUCCAGCGUUGAAAAACUGGGCAAACGGAGUGCAAGCGUCAUCCUUGCACGUUCGACACGACCUUCGAAUCAGCCGCGCUCAUAAAGCCUAAAUGUUCCAGAUGCUUAUUGCACACGGUUUCG